ACGAUAAAACUACAUUGUCCUAAGUCGCCUUUGUAUCAGAUUAUUUCCUUUUGAGUUGACUGCACACUCGCCUAUGCUUUUCUCCUCUUUCUUCAUCUGGAUUUUGCCUCUUAAAAAUAAAAAACAAGCUACUGUAUUAGUUUUCAUCUACAAAUUACCAAAGUUUGGAACUUUGAGUAAUUUGCUUUAGUAUGGACACACGUGUUGAUUUUGUGCAACGGCUUGGAGCUGAUGUGUCUCUGAACAUUCUGCGGCGUUUGAAUGAUCCAGCUGAUGUGGUCCGUGCUGCUUCUGUUUCAUGCCUUUGGCACCAAUUUGUGGCUACUAGUGGAAUUUCCAAGCAACUGUGUCUGAGAAAGUUUCCGCAGCUUUCUAGAAUUGCACGUAUAACAGAACCAGGUUUGAGAGUAGUAGAAAGAAAAGAUGUCGAGUCUAGCAAUUCCAGUUGGGAGACUCUAAAAAGAGACCAUAAUGUUUAUGCUACUCUACUUCAAGAUAUUGAAAUAUCAAACUCUUGUACAAGUGAUUGCAUAGGUAAUGCAGUUAGCGCUUCAAGUACGGACCAUUAUCCAGGUGAAAGUAUUGUGAAUACUCUAGUUCCUAGAGAGAGAUUUCACAAUAUACCUGCAUACUGGUCAAGUAUAGGGCACAGUGAUCCCAAUGCUUCCGAGACGCUAAUUUACAAAUUGAAGGCUGAUCUUUGUGUCAUCACUGAAAUUAACAUACAACCUUUCAAAGUUUGUUUCCAUCGAGGCAAGCCCAUAUACUCUGCAAACUCUGUUCGGUUUCGAUUAGGACACCCCAAAUCCUCUAGAGAUAAGAGUGAUCUCCUGCACUUGCCCCAGCAACAGCCUGCUGAUGACAAGUUUAUAUGGACGUAUACCUCGGAAGAAUUCCCUAUGAGACAGGAAAAUUGCUUGCAGCAAUUCAAGCUACCAGAAUCAGUGCUUUGCAUUGGUGGAUAUCUGCAGAUUGAACUGUUGGGCAUAGCUGAGAGAUGUGAUAUUGACGACUUGUUUUACAUAUGUUGAUUCGUAUGUGCAGCAUUCGGCAUGUGAAAGUUAGAGGGAGGCCACUCAGCCCUGCCUUUGGCGUACAGAACGUUGAACCGUCUGGAGACUUUGUGCUCGAGUACAAAAGAGAGGUUUUCUAAUCCGUGUUGCAAAUGGAAUCCAAGAUUCAAGUGUACCUCCAACUAUAUUCGAAGAAGUCGUGCUUGGACAUGCUGGUUUAUUGAAGUAUUUAAAGAAAUUUGGUGUGUUUGGUAUGACAGAGAAUGUUUCCAGGAAAUAAGGAACGACUUUCUUAGCUUAUUUUUUUCUCCAUACCCCAUUUGAAAUAGUUUCUUUUGUGUGUGAUAGGUGAAAUGUUUUGAUUUUAGAAAGUGUUGCAUAGUGAGGCAAGGUUUCCACCAUACCAAA